CAGGGCCGUUAAACGGUUUGGUGGGUCCCUGACUCUUGCGGUCAAAAACAGCGUUCUCCCACUUUCUCGUUGUCUAAAAAAUUUAUAGCGGCUUCUCGGAGAAGUUUUGUCUGUUAACGUCGGUCGUUGUUAAUCGCGCGGGAGGAUUGGGGGCGUGUAACUGAAACUCCUUCGCUUCCCGUCUAAUACUUUCUGUCUCCAACGGCCACGAGUGACGGAGUCGCGUGUUCGAUUCGCAGUGUUUUUUUACUUGAGAUGAAGCCUCUUAUAAAAAGUAAGGAUAGUAAGCUCUCAGCAGCCUCGAGAGCAGCUGUGAAUAAAGUUCUAGACAGAAUCAAUGCUCGUGGCAACAAGAAGGGAGAUGCUACUCCACAGAACUCUGAUUCCGCUAAGCUGGACAAGGGGAAGAAAACCGUAACUGACAACGUUCUAGAGGACAGGGAAUGUGUUCAGUUUGAUGAUGAUGAUGAGAUGAAUGAUUCAGACUGGGAAGACUGUCCUAUUCCUACUCUUGCCAAAUCUGUUGAUGAUACCUACGUUGAUGACACCAGAGAGUUAACCAUUGAACUUGAUGAUUUGCCUCCUGAUACUAAGAGGCAGAAGAAGAACACUUACCGUGCAACAGCACAAGACAAGGAACGGGCGGAACUUGUACACAAAGUUCACUUGCUCUGUCUGCUUGCAAGAGGGAGGAUAGUUGACAACGCUUGUAAUGAUCCCUUGAUUCAGGCUUCCUUGCUUUCACUUCUGCCAUCAUACUUGACAAAAGUAUCGAAUCUAGAGAAAGUGACUGUUAGGGAUAUAGCCCCUCUUCUUCGUUGGGUUCGUGGGAACUUUGCUGUUAGGUGUACACCCAGUUCUGAGAAAUCUUUUCGUACGUCUCUAGCAUUUGCUCUUGAAUCUCGUAGAGGCACGCCUGAAGAGCUUGGAGCGUUGGCCGUUGCUUUACUUAGAGCAUUAAAGCUUACAACUCGGUUUGUGUCUAUUCUUGAUGUUGCCUCCUUAAAGCCUGGGGCCGAAAAGGAUGAAUCUUCAGGUCAGAACAGAGCUAAAACGAAGCGUGGGGUAUUCAGGAACUUCACUCUUAUGGUACCAAAGCAUCAAGCCAUCUCGUCACACCCAAACAAAUCCUCUUCCCAUGUUGAGGAUAAAAGUCUCUGUGAAACCUCUUCUGAGUCUCAGCAGGAGGGUUCUGCUCAGCUGCAAGACAAUAAGGUCAACUCAUCCUGUGAAGCAGGAACGUCCAGCAAAUCUGACGGAGCAAGGAGGAAAGGUGAUGUUGAGUUUGAGAUGCAGUUAGCCAUGGCUAUGGCUGCGACUGCGAGUGUAAACAACCAACAGAGUUCUAAAGUAACCGAGAAAAAGAAAAGUCCACAAACAACAAGAAGAAGUGAUGGCUUGUCAGUUUCUGACCAAGUAAUGUCCACAGCUAUCGGUUCUAAGAAAGCGGAUUCUCCUCUUUGUUGGGCUGAGGUGUAUUGCAAUGGAGAAAACAUGGAUGGGAGAUGGGUUCAUGUAGAUGCUGUUAAUGGAACGAUAGAUGCUGAACAAAACGUAGAAGCUGCAGCUGCUGCUUGCAGAAUGUUAGUUAGAUAUGUUGUCGCCUUCGCUGGUGGUGGAGCUAAAGAUGUCACUCGCAGGUACUGUACAAAGUGGCACACGAUUUCAUCCAAACGGGUGAGUUCAUCGUGGUGGGAUAUGGUCUUAGCACCGUUACGAGAACUAGAGGCAGCCGCAAGCGUUAUCCCUCUUGCUAACAAUGCUUGCUCAAGUAGUAGUAGCUCGUCCUUUGGUAUGAGGAGUGCUGUUGAAGAUAUUGAGUUAGCUACUAGGGCACUUACUGAGCCUCUUCCCACAAACCAGCAGGCCUAUAAAGGUCACGAACUCUAUGCUAUUGAGAAAUGGCUUCACAAGAACCAGAUACUUCACCCAAAAGGUCCGGUUCUGGGGUUCUGCGCUGGUCAUUCCGUUUAUCCUCGAACUUGUGUGCAGACUCUUAGAACUAAAGAAAGUUGGCUACGUGAUGGGCUUCAACUUAAGGCCAGUGAAGUUCCCUUAAAGAUUCUUAAGCGUAACGCAAAGAUCAGAAAAGGAAAAGAUUUUGGAGAUGGGAACAAGGACAGUGAAGAUGGUUCUUCUCGGUGCAUGGAACUAUACGGGAGGUGGCAAAUGGAACCAUUGUGUCUCCCUCAUGCUGUUAAUGGGAUUGUGCCUAAGAACGAGCGUGGUCAAGUUGAUGUCUGGUCUGAGAAAUGUCUCCCACCUGGAACAGUCCACUUAAGGUUUCCUCGAAUAUUUUCAAUUGCUAAGAGAUUUGGAAUAGAUUAUGCACCUGCAAUGGUUGGUUUCGAGUACAAAAGUGGACGUGCUACUCCUGUUUUCGAAGGUAUUGUGGUCUGCACCGAGUUCAAAGAUGCAAUCCUCGAGGCAUAUGCAGAAGAACGAGAAAUGAGAGAAGAGGAGGAGAGAAGACGAAACGAAGCACAAGCAGCUUCGAGAUGGUAUCAGCUUCUUUCCUCUAUCUUAACCCGUGAGAGGCUGAAUAACCGUUACGCCAAUAACUCAGAGGAUGAUGUUGUCAAGACGAGGAGUAUGGAAACGAAACCAGAGACGGUUGUUAGGGAGGAGAAUGUGAAAACACCUGAAAAGCAAGGAGGGGUUAAGAGAGGAAGAAAGCGUCGUAGUGAAGAUGACAACCGUGAAGGUGGAGAUGGAGAUGAACAUGAGCAUGUGUUUCUUGACGAGCAAGAAACGUUUGAUGAGAAAACCUCUGUAAAAACCAAACGCUGCAAAUGUGGCUUUUCUGUCCAAGUUGAACAAAUGUGAACGCUUUGUUUUUGGAGCUUUUUAGUAACAUAUCUUAUGUAUUCA